CGCGCGGUCACGUGGUGCACCAGGCGAGGCCCGCGUCGCUAGGCCCGGGCGCGGGCGGUAUGAGCGAGCCGGAAAAGAGCGAGCAAACCACGACGACCACGACGACGACGACUACACCCAGUGCCGCGGCCGACGGAGAGACGCUGCAGCAGUCGAACCCCGCAGCGAAUAGCCAGGCCCAGGACACGCAGGCCUCGCCUCUGGCACUCCUCGCGGCCACGUGCAGCAGGAUCGAGACGCCCCCGAGUGAGGCGGAAGCGGCCCAGGCGCAGGUGCAGCAGGUGCAGCCGGGAGCUCUGAGGAUUGUGGCCGGCCCAGGCCAAACGCUUCUGCACGCGCUGGAGCUCACUCAGCUCGCCGCGACGCCCAAUGGGUGGCAGAUCAUUGCCUCCCCGACCUCGGCCGGGACGGCUCCUGCGUCGUCGUCGUCGGCGGUGGCGGACAGCGGCAGCACCACUGACGUGCAGGCCUCGUCCGGCGUGGUGCAGGUAGCGUCGGGCCAGAGCGGCACCGAAUCGAUGCUCAAAAUCGGCCCGAGCGGGCAGCUGGUGUCGGUGACGCAGCAGCAGUCCCAGCAGCAGGCGCAACAGCAGGCGCAACAGCAACAGCAGCCACAGUUUGUGCAGUAUCAGGUCCUGCCACAGCUGCAGACAAUAGAUGGCCAGCAGAUUCAGAUAAUGCAGCAAGAUAGUCAGAUACAGCUCGUGCCGGUGAGCCAGACACAGACCCAAUCGACCCAAGGCGGCUCUGGUCAGCAGCCUGUGCAAAUCAGGCCGGCAGGAACGAGCUCCGCGGGUGGUACGGCCACCACGGCCACCUUUCCCGUGCAGAUCCAGGGCCAGAUUGGCCAUGGCUCGCAGCAGAUGCAGCUCAUCAACUUGCCGGUCGGCGGUAGCAACAACCUGACUUUCACGUUGCCGCUGUCACUGGGCGGAAGCCCCGCUCAGAACGUGACGGUCGUCACUGGGGCCACUUCGGAGCAACAGGCAGGUGGCGAUGCUGGCGUCAGUAGCAGCGCCGCUACCUCGGAGGGUGGCAGCUCGUCGGCCAUCUACACCACGGCUUCGGGCACCUCGCCGCACGUCACCAUCUCGUCCAUUGACUGCGUGACGCCCAUUUCGACCGCCUCGCAGGGCCAGCAGCAGGUGCAGUUGCAGAACCAGUAUCAUCUGCAGCAGCCCUUCCAGCAGCAGCAGGUGCAGAUGGUGAGCGGGUUGAGUCCACAGAUGCUUCAGGCCGCGCUGCAGGCCGCCUCGCUGUCUGCGCAGUCGCAAGAUCAGGGCCAGCAGCCGUCCACCUUCCUGAUCCGCACCCCCACCAUUUUGCCAUCGGGGCAGAUCGGCUGGCAGACCAUCCAAGUGCAGAAUAUACAGGGCCUCCCCAUUAGUGGUGGUGGUGGGCAGGCCAUUGCACUGGCGCCCGUUCAGGCCACAGCCCAGACUGGCGCCGGUACAGCUCCGCAGCAGAAGUUUGUGCAGACGGUGGUGCCUGUCGGUGGGGCUACCACCACCACGGGUACGUCACAAGCAUUGGUGAACUCGCUGGGCACUGUCGGGAUCCAACUGCAGGGGACGCAAGUGUCUACUGCUACAGGCCAGACGCUGACACAGGACGGCGGCUAUCCCAAGUGGCAGUUGAGCUCGCAGCCUGUGACCAUAUCCGGCGGACAAGGCGGGACCAGCAUUUUUGCGCUGGACGCCUCCCAGCUGGGACAGCUGGCGCUGGCAGACGAGAGCGGCGGCGGCGGAGGUGGCGUCAGCGGAGAUGCGGUUGAGGGAGAGGGAAAGCGGCUGCGGCGGGUGCCUUGCAUGUGCCCAAACUGCAGGGACAGCGAGGGCAAGGUCACCGGAGAAGCCGGACAGAAAAAGCAGCACAUCUGCCACAUCACAGGCUGUAGCAAGGUGUACGGCAAGACGUCGCACCUGCGUGCUCAUCUGCGCUGGCACUCGGGCGAACGGCCUUUCGUGUGCACCUGGUUACACUGUGGCAAGCGUUUCACGCGCUCCGAUGAGCUGCAGCGGCACAAGAGGACGCACACAGGUGAGAAGAAGUUCAUCUGCUCCGAGUGCUCGAAGCGCUUCAUGCGGAGCGACCACCUGUCCAAGCACAUGAAGACCCACUCGGCCAAGCGCGUCGGCAUCUCCGGUGACGCCGACUUGGACCCCGAGGCCAAAGGCGACACGGAGGUGGAGGGCGACGACGGCAGCCGCCCCACGACCGUCGGCGACAUCCUGGCGGCCGCCGGGCUGGUGACGCUCACGACCGUGCCGGCCGAGCUCAUGAUCGCCACCUCCGUGGCCACCACGCCCGAGUCGAGUCACGACCCCACCAAUGGCGGCGGCAUGUCGGGCACGGACGGCUGAGCUGGGGAGGGGGGCGGGGGAGCGGGUGGGCGGGCAGCGCGCGAUGCCACGGGGCUGGCGGGGGGCAGGGAGGGGAAGGGGGUUGGGGGGGUCUGCGGAGGCGCGAGGAGCGAUUGGGUUCAAACGAUAGUCGGUGCUCGCUCACUCGCUGGCAACAUACGUCCGUCAGUACAGAUCGGUAUGUGAAAAGUUAACGAACAUUCCCACGGCGACGCGUCCUGUUCGUGGCGAGUGCGCAGCGCAAGCUGCCCAGUUUAACCCUACUCCGGUAAAAAUAAAUCGGUCAAUAAAUUACACCUUUAGUAGUUCACCUCCGCUGUUUGCGCACAGUAACAACACGUGCAGGUUAUGACAUUCGGAGACAAUGUUCUGAAAUACUCUGCAGUGGUUGCGUUACGGUUGGCCUCGGUUGUGUUGUGUGUUUUGGAGAUGCAUUUUGCAGGAGCAGUCCCUCCAAUUUCCAAAAACACUUAGCCGUGUUUUUCAAACUAGAGUUGUUAACUCUUAAAUGUAUCUUGCAUUUAGAUAAAUUGUUCAGUAAUAAGAGCCUCUUGUCAGUUUUGAACCUGAGCGCACAUUGGCCCUCCGUAAUUCUAGCAGCGACUCCAAAACCCAAGGAAGUUUUGUGCUCAGAAGUUUGUGCUUCCUAUGCCGUCUCGCCAGGUGUCAGGGUGUCACUCUCGUGGUCCCUGAACAGGUUGAUUUUUGCAUUAAUAUUGUUAGUUUAAGUUCCCUUUGUGUUUUAUUUACCUUUUUUAGUAUAAUUUUGUUAAGUUGCUGUAUUUUAUUUCAUUGGUAUCUUUAAUCACAAAACCCCCUGUUGCUCUCAAAUUGCCCACACUUCCACAGUAGACGUGUAACGAAUAUUUUUCUGUCUCCGUAGGUUGUCACGAUCAUAUGUGCAGUCCUUUUCACUUGUAGUCGAUGCUUUAUGACCAUUCAUAUUGGAUAAAACAAGCAAACACGUAAUAUGUCAUAAAACUGCUACUUUAGUGAGCUUAUUCAUAAAAUAAAAGGUUUAAAAGACGUGUUUUUAUGCUCUCGCUGAGAGUCCAGGAAGAUCUUGACAUUUCAGUUGACUGGCCUUAUUCAGCAAAUACUGAGGUUUACAUCGUCAUAUUUGCCAUUAGUGAUGUUCGGUGGUAGGGUGGUAUUAGAUUACGGACCCCUGGGCUUCAAAAAGUCGUUAUGUUUUGAAAAGUGUAAAAUACAUUCUAAAAGUAAAUAUGCAGAUUGAGUGUGUAAUGAGCCCUCAUGUUAACAACUUAAAUUGACUGACGUGCAUUGAUUUUUGCCACGUACCCACGUCUACACAUUUGGCAUUUUAAAACAAUUGCAUUCCACAGCCUCAUUCACACACGUGUAGGAUGCACGGAUACACUCACUAUGCAGGACUGCUUUUAAAAAAGCAUAUUCACAUUGACAGUCAUAAAAUACAACAGGUUUAAUUAGUCACAUUUUGCCAACUUUUCAGAUGUCCACACAAUGUAUAACUAAAGUGUAAUUAUUUUCUGAAUCUGCAAAUUUACCUACAGAAUGCAUUCAAACGGCUUUCAAAUUCUGAUGACUAAAUGCACCCCAGUCAGUAGGUUAAUUCAUCAGCUGUCACCCGCCCCCCACCCAACUUCAACUAUCAGGACUAUCUUGAUUUGAAGCUUUCGUGACUGCAGAAAUCCAUACUCUUUGGUUCUUUCUGUAAAGUCACGUAGGUAGAAAAUAAAUCACGACGUUUUGAUCGCAACACAAGCGGUCGUCUUCAGGCAGAAAAAAUAUAAUCCAGCAAAGGAACUGCUGAACAGGACUUUAAAUUUUGUAAAACUGAGUAUUUACCAAAGGACAGUCGACUGAACACCAAUAAAAACCUGAUACAAUUCGACUCGUAAGACGUAUAACAUUCCGCAUCUGUGUGCGGAAUGCACCGUGCUCUCUCAGCAGGGUAUGAAUCCGAUGCGCUGCGUACGUUACUGGCAAAGUAGUGGGUUUGCUUCUUUUUUUUACUUUGGUUUUGGUAAAUUCCAUGGUUCUGUUUAUAUGUAUGUACUGUCAGGCAUGGUGUUUGGGUAGGCUUGUUAAGUCCGGGAGCAAUCGUGAUGCCUCCUCUGCAUGUUGUGGGAUGUUGGGAUUUUCACCCGUCUUACACCUUGGCGCGUCGGUUCCUGCUCACAAGCUACAGAGUGAUAGCUUCUCCUACGUGCAUUACCACUGCGGUAGCGAGAUCUCCACGUGUAAUUUAGCGACUGACAUAGCAUAAUGCGCCAUCACCCAGGAUUUUAAAAUAAAAGUGGCAACGGCAAAGGUGUAAAUUAAGAAAUUCCGACUGAAAAGUAAGCCUUAACCAAACGUAACGUAACAUUUUAAAUGCUGUUCAAUAAUGGUUAUUUUGUAAUAAUGAAAGUGCGCAAGGCCUUAAAGUAUAACUUUAUAUAUCUCCAUGAGGAUUCUCUUGCAGGAUACGUAGUGUAGUGUUCCAUUAGUUUUAAAAUUGAUUGGGAUGUUGGAAUGCUUUUUUUAAAUGUCGCUUUAUAUCAAGUUUGACGGCUCAGUGUAUUUUCUAUCGAAAUAAUUGUCGUGACCUGUUUCCCCACUGAGCAAAGUACUAAGCCUGGAUGGGACGUUGGGUUUUACACUUGUGCAGCGGCAUUUCAAGUAAUUGUUUUGGAUUUGUAAAGGCUUAAGUCAUGAUGUUUUAAAACCAUUCUCUGUAAAUGUGCCCUGUUUUAUUAACUCUUCGCAUAUGUACCUUUACGUAUAAUGUAUGCCCUCUUUUUUUAAGAAAAAAAAGUUUUUUGUAUAAGGUGUGAGCAUUUGAAAUUCAGAACAUUGCUUGUACUUUUAAAUUAUAUACAAGAUUCUGUAA